CACUUUUGCAUUGUAACAACAAUAUGUUAGAGCUUUUUUUGAUAGAAAAACUCAAAUGUAUGUUAUUUUGUAUAUUUCUAGGUUCUGUCCUUCACUAGAGUCAAAGAUUUUAAGAUUUCCUGGAAGAAAACAUAGGGUUUGGCUGGAACCAGAAGGGUUUGACAGUGACCUGAUAUAUCCUAAUGGCCUUGGUUGUACUAUGCCAGUAGAAUAUCAGCAACAGAUUAUCAAUUGUAUUAAAGGCCUUGAAAAUUGUAAAAUUCUUAAACCUGGUUAUGGUGUAGAGUAUGAUUUUAUAGAUCCACGUCAACUUAAACCAUCACUGGAAACAUUACUUGUACAAAACCUGUUUCUGGCUGGACAAAUAAAUGGUACAACAGGCUAUGAGGAGGCUGCAGCACAGUUUGCUGAUAUGAGACUCACUAGAAAAGGUUAUGAGGCUGGAUGUGUCAGUAAGCAUAGAUUUAACAUGGCUACACAGAUUCAAGAUAAACUGGAAGAAAACAUCGCUCUGUUACAGUCUAUUCAGGUACCAGCCAAACAGUGGACAAAGUUGCAAAUAUCAAAAUUAUACAAGGAUAGAACAGAUAACAAAAGUGCAAUGGAUGCUUUAAAGUUAGCUGGUGUUACUAUGGAAACAUUACUGGAUUUAUUUCCUGAUCAACUUGGACAUCUAAAGGAAGAUUCACUACUAUAUACAAGGCUUGGAAUUGAAGCUGUAUAUAGGGCCCAUGUAGGUAGACAGUUGGAGGAUAUUGAGAAUAUGAGGAAAGAUGAACAACUUAUACUACCAGAUGAUCUGGAUUUUAUGGGAAUACAAGGCAUAUCAACUGAUGCCAGGAUGAAGCUUGCAGAGUGCCGGCCACAUACGAUCGGAGCUGCCAGUCGUAUUCCAGGGAUGACACCAGCAGCCAUUGUAGCACUUCUAAAAUUUGUGAAAUAUAAACAGAGACAGACUGUAUGACGAUAUAGAAAUAGAUUGCCAAUUUGUCAUUGAGAAAAUUUUGUGGUUCAUCCCUUACAUGCAUAACCAGGAUCCGCGGUUUAUAAAGAAAUUCUCAAAGCUCAAUACUCAGAUCUCACUUAUUUGAUUGGUCAGAAACUGCCACAGCAAGUAUACUGACCAAUGUAAAUCCUGAGAUUUGAGACAGAACUCAGGAAAAAAAUGUUUAUUAUCCUUUAGGCCUGAAGCAUUGUAUAUUAUAUAAGAAAAAAAACAACAACACUACCAUAUAUAGUGCUGAAAUGCUUAAACCCAAAUAACCUCAAUAAUUACCAUUAUUGUUAGUAGUUGGAAAGACUACUGCACCAGUGUGAAUUUAAAUAUUUUGCCAGUAACAAAUGUAGACAAGGCUAUCAUUAAAGAAGGCCCAUAAGGCAUGUACCUCCAACAGCCCUUUGUGACUGAGGGGUUGCCGUUUAUGGUUGAGGCAUAAGAAUUGUAGCCACUAUUUAUCCCUGCAUGAUUAUAAGGGAAGAAAAACGAGUCUGAAUUACUGGAGUCUAUGCAUCUGUUAGCUGCAGUAGGUGAGGUGGUUUUAAUCCCUGUUGAUGCUUUUAAGUUUGUAACAUCCGAGAUCAGCCAAAAUCAUCUUUUCUGUUUCGGCGCCAUAAUUAUGUUUUGGUGCGCUGCAAAACCAAACAAACAAAUAAACAAAAUGUACCACCAUCACUAUUCUGGUAAAAGCUUCUUGUAUAAAAAUAAUGUUAUUUCAUAGUCAGUUCCUCCAUGUUACAAAAAUGUAUUUACAUACAUAUUUUUGGUUGUGUGUAUUCCUAUUUCUGCUAUUUUCUUGUUACAUGACUAGUGUGGUGUGUUAACUCAUUUUUAAAGUUUUAAACAAAAAAUUUCCCAAGAACUUUUUAAAUAAAGUGAUAUUUAUG